AUGGCACAAAGCUGGGUGAGACAACAUGACGACGCUUUUCAAGGUAUUCUGGGACCCAGCCCACAGUUGCAUGUCCUCAUCGAGGUAGACGAGUACCCAUUUGCUCACGAGGCUGGCGUUUUCAUCCCUGACACCAACGAGCUUUUCAUCACCAGUAACCAGUUCUCUGGUCCCUCGGGGGAAAGAAAGGUCCAAAUCUCAAAAUGCGUGCUGGACAGAUCAACAGGCCGCAUGACUCGCGAAGAAAUCUCGAAUGAGUUAAUUCAAAUGGCCAAUGGCGGCGUCAAUUUCCACGACGGGAUCCUGUUCUGCGCUCAGGGGUCAAUGACCGCGCCCAGCGGGCUUUUUCGGAUGGCCAGCAAGCCACCUUACGAUACCGCCCCUGUCGUCACGAGCUUCCUUGGCCGACCUUUUAAUUCCGUCAAUGACGUUGUCGUCCAAUCGGACGGCAGUAUAUGGUUUACAGAUCCCAUAUAUGGUUUCGAGCAAGGCUACAGACCCCCGCCUUCCUUGCCAAGUCAGGUCUAUCGAUACGAUCCAUCUUCUCAGGGCAUACGCGCCAUGGCAGAUGGCUUCGGUCGGCCCAAUGGGCUUUGCUUUUCGCCAGACGAAACGACACUAUACGUAACAGACACAGACAGAGUUCAUGGAGACGGCUCAGUUGAUGAUUCUCGCGUGUCGUCAAUAUACGCUUUCGAUAUUGUGCAGUACCAUGGCCAACCGAGCCUGGUGAACCGGCGGCUAUUUGCCAUGGCAGAUGCCGGUAUCCCUGACGGCAUCAAGUGUGAUAUGACUGGAAAUGUAUAUAGUGGGUGUGGCGACGGGCUCAACGUCUGGUCGCCUGGUGGGUUUCUCCUGGGCAAGAUCCUGGUUGAUGGUGGUUGUGCAAAUUUUUGUUUCGGGCGAGACGGCGAGGUCUUCAUCCUCAAUGAACAUAGGCUGUGGCGUGCUCAAUUAGCGCCCACUGUCAAGGGUGCAUUAUUGAAAAUCUAG